AUGAAUGACAGAGGAAUAGAUGUGUUAUGUGUGAAUGAGACGAAACGAAAGGGAAAGGAUGCCACUGCACAUGGCAGGUAUACCGCGUAUUGGUCUGGUGUAGGCGAGACCGAACGGGCAUGCCAGGGAGUCGGUUUCAUCCUUUCAGAAAGAAUGGGUCAAUGUGUGAAAGAGUAUGAAUGUGUAAGUCCGAGACUGCUAUGGAUACGAAUGAAAGUGGGCUUAAAGAAGCUGUUCCUGCUAGGGGUGUACGCCCCAGACAUGUCUAAGCCCACUUACAUCCGAGAGCAGUUUUGGGACAUGGUAAGGAUGGUGUUGACAAAAUGUAAGGAAAAUGAAAAUAUUAUUAUGUUAGGAGACUUUAAUGGAAGGGUUGGGGUGAAGAGGUCUGGUUAUGAAAGGAUAUUGGGAACGUUUGGUGAUGAAAGUAUAAAUGAGAAUGGUGAAGACCUCCUCACCGUAUGUGCGGAAAAGAAUCUUUUUGUGACGAAUACUUUUUUUCGUCAUAAGAAGAUUCACAUGUAUACAUGGGAAAGAGGUGAUGAUAGAAGCAUGAUAGAUUUCGUAAUUGUGGAUGAAAGAAUGAGGAGCGCAGUCGUAGAUACAAGGGUUUACCGGGGGUCCAACGUAGGGACGGAUCAUUACUUGGUCUUAUGUCGAAUUAAUGGUCUUUUCAAGCGUUGGCGGCAUCGGACAUCUGUAUCUACCACUGCGUUACAGCGUAUAAGAAUAGAGAAGUUACAAGAUGAAGAUGUGAUAGAGAAGUAUAAAUGUAGACUGAGAGAAAAUAUUAGAUGUUUGAAUGAGUUGUGUAUGAAUGAAUUAGACUUGAAUACUGUGUGGGAUAAUAUUAAGAAAGGUUUGGUGGAUACCGCCACCGAAGUAUGCGGAAAGAAAGCAUGGUUAGAUUUACUAGCAACCAAAGCUGAUAAUUCUUCUGGUAUGAAUGAUGAGAUUGAAAGAAAAAAGGCAGAAUUUAGACGUCUAAAUAAGAGAGUAAAAGAAGUUGUUGAAAGGAAAAAGAAAGAAAGAACGGAUAAGAAUGAUAGAAGGAUAUCUGAUAAUUUCCAGGCUAACAUAAAAAUGUUCUGGAAACUCGUAAGAACUGCCAGGGGAAAUACAAAACAGCCUAUAAUAAAUGCUAUAAGAGACGAGAAUGGAUGUAUUCUGAAUGAUGAAGUUUCGAAUUUAAACAGAUGGAAGGAAUACUUUGAAAGCGUGUUUAUGAGUGAAGAGUCGUAUGAAUUAAAUGAACUAGAAAAACUUGAAAAAGAAGUGGAAAGGGGUAUGGAGAUAAGUGUAGAUGAAAUAAUGAAAGCAAUGAAAAGCAUGAAAGCAGGUAAGGCAGCUGGAUAUGAUAGAGUAUCACUCGAGAUGCUAAGGGCUGGAAAGGGAGUGGUGGCAGGCCUGCUGUACACCUUGUUUAAUUUAUGUUGGGAAUUAAAACGGGUACCGGAUGACUGGUGUAAAGCAGUUAUAGUACCAAUGUAUAAAGGAAAAGGGUCACAGCAGGACUGCAAAAACUACCGCGGUAUCAGCUUGCUUAGUAUUGUGGAAAGGGAAUGGGGUGUACAGAUCAAGACUUUUCCAUGCGCAUGA